AUGAUCGCCGCUCAGGCCAAGCUGGUUUACCAGCUCAAUAAAUACUACACUGAGCGCUGCCAAGCGCGCAAGGCGGCCAUCGCCAAGACCAUCCGAGAGGUCUGUAAGGUGGUCUCGGACGUGCUAAAGGAAGUGGAGGUGCAGGAGCCUCGCUUCAUCAGCUCCCUGAGCGAGAUCGAUGCCCGCUACGAGGGGCUGGAGGUCAUCUCGCCCACAGAAUUCGAGGUGGUGCUCUACCUAAACCAGAUGGGCGUCUUCAACUUCGUGGACGACGGCUCGCUGCCCGGCUGCGCGGUGCUCAAACUGAGCGAUGGGCGGAAGCGGAGCAUGUCUCUCUGGGUCGAGUUCAUCACAGCGUCCGGCUACCUCUCGGCGCGCAAGAUCCGCUCACGUUUCCAGACGCUGGUGGCUCAGGCGGUGGACAAGUGCAGCUACCGGGAUGUGGUCAAGAUGAUCGCCGAUACCAGCGAGGUCAAGUUGCGCAUCAGGGAGCGCUACGUGGUGCAAAUCACUCCGGCGUUCAAGUGCACCGGUAUCUGGCCUCGCAGUGCUGCACAGUGGCCUAUGCCCCACAUCCCCUGGCCCGGCCCCAAUCGGGUGGCGGAGGUCAAGGCCGAAGGGUUCAACUUGCUCUCUAAGGAGUGCUACUCGCUGACCGGCAAGCAGAGCUCUGCGGAGAGCGACGCCUGGGUGCUGCAGUUCGGAGAGGCUGAGAACCGCCUGCUGAUGGGCGGCUGCCGAAACAAGUGUCUCUCGGUGCUGAAGACGCUGCGGGACCGCCACCUGGAGCUGCCUGGCCAGCCGCUCAAUAACUACCACAUGAAGACGCUGCUGCUGUACGAGUGCGAGAAGCACCCGCGGGAAACGGACUGGGACGAGGCGUGCCUCGGAGAUCGGCUCAACGGCAUCCUGCUGCAGCUCAUCUCCUGCCUGCAGUGCCGCCGCUGCCCUCACUACUUUCUGCCCAACCUCGACCUUUUCCAGGGCAAGCCCCACUCGGCCCUGGAGAGCGCUGCCAAGCAGACCUGGAGGUUGGCCAGGGAAAUUCUCACCAAUCCCAAAAGCCUGGACAAACUAUAG